CUUACCUCAUCAGCUUAGUCGAUUUGUAAAGGAAGAAGCGACUCACGGCAAAUGAGGACUCCCGCAGCAAUGUCAGGAGAUCUGGCUGCUCACCUACCGGAAGAAGAGCGUGAAGAGAACAAGGAGAGACAAGAGAAUGAAGUGGUGGCUUUGAAGGCGAUCUAUGAUAAGGACUUCACUUUCGAGCACUCGCAUACCGGAAAUAUCUACGGGAGCUUGUCCAUACGAUUGGAUUUGGGUGACGAAGUAGAAGUUGUCAUCACUCAACUCCCCUCUGAAGAAACUGAAGGUGUGCGGCGGAAUGAUGCCGUACCUGCACAACCACAAUCUUGUUCACUUCGCCACAAUGUGGUCGUUCGCUUCCUCCCUCCGAUAAUCAUACACUUCAGCUUACCGGCCACAUACCCAUCCCAAAGUCCGCCGCAAUUUGCACUCGUAUGUCAAUGGCUGCUACCGCAGCAACUUGCGGGGCUCGAAAGCGAACUGCUUCAGAUUUGGGAACAGGAGAAGGAUGUGUGCUUGUACAACUUUGCGGAGCUUCUAUUGCAAAAAGGGAUGGAACAACUGCAAGUUGACACUCACGCCACGGCGAGGGGCAGCAGAACUAGAUUAUCUAUUAACGUACCAGAUCGAGCUGAAACGGAGGUCCGAGAAUUGGUAGAUUGGAUUAUGGACUACGAUCGCCGAAUGAUUCAAGAAGCGUUUGAAAAUUGCUCGUUCCACUGCGGUGUAUGUUUGGAGACUAAGCCUGGAAGCCAGUGCUUUCGGCUAACCGCUUGCAAGCACAUCUUUUGUCGGGAAUGUGUUACCAAUUACUUCACCGCCCUUAUAACCGAAGGAUCAGUGUUGUUGGUACGAUGUCCAGAUUCUCGAUGUAGUAAACAAAGCAAACGAUCAACAUUGAAUGAAGAGUCUGGUGCAACGCCGAUCGAUGCCAAUGGUCAGAUUCGUAUGGAAGACCUGGCAGCGCUACUUCCUAGCACCCUUUUAGAUCGUUAUGCCAACCUCCUAGAAGCACACUCGCUUUCCUUGCGUACGGAUAUCACUUACUGUCCACGGCCUGCCUGCCAGUCACCAGUGGUACGCGAUCCGAAGCAAGAAAAGCUGUGUAUCUGCCCUAUCUGUAACUUUGCAUUCUGCUUCUACUGUCAAAAAUGCUGGCAUGGUGCCGCUGAAUACUGUCGACUGAACAACAUGGAGCAGAUAGUUGUGGAUUACAUUGAGGCUAGGGCUUCUGAAGAUGUGUCACGGACAAGGGGCUUGGAGGUUAGGUACGGAAGGAAGACUUUGGAAAAAUUGGCAAGGGAAUGGGAGGAAGAGCGUGAAACCAGAAAAUGGAAAGAAGAAAACUCACAGCAGUGUCCGACGUGCACAGCCGCGGUGCAAAAGAAUGAGGGCUGCAACCAUAUGACCUGUCGAGUAUGCCAUACUCACUUCUGCUACCUUUGUGGCAUCCACUUGGACCGCCAGCGGCCGUAUGCCCAUUUUAAUGAUGUGAAGUCGACGUGUUUUCGGGCUUUGUUUGAUGAUGUUACCGGAGGAUUUCAUGCUCAGGAUGAGUGGAACGAUGUGGGUGAUGAAGAAGCAGAGGAGUGGUUUCCCGAUGAAGAUAUUGUUAGAAUGGCUUUGGAAGAGUUAAAUAUAGGAUAGCAUAUGGGCUGAAAUUCAUGACAUGCGUAUUCGAGUCAUCUGUAUGUAUGACUAUAGGUUACGUCUAGGUUUAGAUUAAUGCGCAGAACAUCGAUUUGUGCUAUUGUAAAUAGAUUGAAUUACUGUACAAAGAGACGCUUAUAACAUCCC